CCCCAUCCGCGAAUCCCAACAUGGCUUGUCCACCGCCUGGCGACGACGCCGCGCGCGAUGCCAGGCAGUCGCAGGCGGUCGCGAGGCCCAGUUUCCACGCCGUCGCAGGCGUUUGCACGCAGUCGCAGGCUGUCGCGAGGCGUGUUCCACGCGAUUGGAGUCGUCGAGGCGAGUGGGGCUGAUCGGCUGGGCGAACCGUCCUUAGAACGGAUUAUGCGAUCACGAGCCUUGAGAGAGCAAGUCGCAAUCGCGAGCUCGCUCGACCUCCGUAUUACAAUUCGAGAUCCGCCAUUUUCUGGCAGUCACGAUUGAGCAUCAUUCUAGGCCGACAUGGAUGGCUCGAGGAUCAGAAAUCUCCGUUUUUUAGUAAUCUCUCUAGGCUGAGUAAUCUCUCCCCCGUCAUCUCUCUCUCUCUCGCUCUCUCUCUCCCGUCCGUCGUGUCAGUAAGCGUGGUUGAUUAGGGAGACUCUGGAGUUGACUCCACUGGAAGCACACUGAGAUAGAAUCUGUCACUCCCGCAACAAUCUCCUUGGCACGUAGCCAUGGCAGGCGGGCAAGCUUAUAACGCGGACGCCUCUUACCGAAUUCCUGGCCAAGCCGUCUUCAGCCGUCCAUCAGUGCGAUCAGAUCGAUCAGAUCAAUCCGAGCCGUCCAUUGGAACCUCCACGCGUACUCCUACCUGUCCCCAUCGCCGCGUGAGAUCCCUCCUCCUCCCUCUCCUCCUCUCCUCCCCUCUCUCCUCCCACCGAUCUUCCCAGCUCCCGUCCACGUCAGCAGCAUCAACAUCCACGUCAGCAUCACCAUCAGCAGCAGCAGCGACACUAUCGGCAUCUCCCAGCGAUGCGGCCUGCUGGCUGUGCAGCAAGCGGAAGGGCGGCGUCAGAAGCAGGAGGGUGGUUGCUGUGGAGGGGUCUCGUUUUGAGGCUCCUCAAAAACACUCAACCAGGAGGGUGGUUGCUGUGGUUGCUGUGGGGGGGAAUUUGAAUCCACGCAAGGAGCACAGCAGCGACAAUGGCGGCGGGAGGCGGACACACGGUGAUUAUAGUGAAGGUUUGAGGCAGCUUGACAGGCAAAGCAACGCAGGAGGAGGCAAUUGGACCGGGUCAGAACCCCUGAGUGCUGGCCUUGAGGCAGGGAGUGCUGGCCUUGAGGCAGGGAGUGGUGGCCUUGAGGCAGGGAGUGGUGGCCUUGAGGCAGGGAGUGGUGGCCUUGAGGCAGGGAGUGCUGGCCUUGAGGCAGGGAGUGCUGGCCUUGAGGCAGGGAGUGCUGGCCUUGAGGCAGGGAGUGCUGGCCUUGAGGCAGGGAGUGCUGGCCUUGAGGCAGGGAGUGCUGGCCUUGAGGCAGGGAGUGCUGGCCUUGAGGCAGGGAGUGCUGGCCUUGAGGCAGGGAGUGCUGGCCUUGAGGCAGGGAGUGCUGGCCUUGAGGCAGGGAGUGGUGGCCUUGAGGCAGGGAGUGGUGGCCUUGAGGCAGGGAGUGGUGGCCUAAAUGCAGGGAGUGGCGCUAGCAGAUCGUCGGACAUUCUUCCAGUGAGCAAGAGUUGUACUUCUGCAGACAAGAGUUGUGGAAAAGGCGACGGUGGAGGCCAGGGUGGAGGCAACACGGGCAAAGGCAAGGGAAGGGCUAAUGGUGACUGUGUGAAGCGGAGAGGUGGUAUUAUAAGGAGGGUGCAGCUGCUGGGUUUGUGUGGCAGCAGCAGCAGCAGCAGGAGGAGGAGGAGGAGGUCGUGGAGGGUUGUUCCUGUAACGGAUGGGGAUGGACUGGGUAGUGAAGGUGAGGACUCAGGUGACAAUAACGGGAGUGGCCAUAGUGCCGCAUCUGGUGUGAUUGUAGAAAGCGCUCCUGCGGAUGUUAAUGGAUGCAACAGUAGGGAGGGCAAGGGGGAAGCAAUGGGCAGCAGUAGUAGUAGUAGAGACAGUAACGCCCUUUCUAGUAGUAGUAGUAGUAGUGGGAGGCUGAGGAGCAGCAGGGCGAGGAGGGAGGGCAGUGAGAGCAGGAGGAGCAGAGAGGUGAUCAGAAGCAGCAGCAGAUACUACAGCAUGGGCAGUGAUGACGUGUGCAGGGAUGACGUGGCUGCUGCUGACGUGUCAGAGAUCAAUUAUGCAUCAGCCGGAGAUGGUGACAGUGAUGAUGGUGGUGAUGAGGCAGUUUUCUACGAUGCAGAUGCUGACGUGGAGGAUAGCGAUCAGGAUGGGAUUGAUGGUGAUGAUGGUGAUGAUGGUGAUGAUGGUGAUGAUGGUGAUGAUGUUGAUGGUGGCAUUGAUGGUGAUGACAUUGAUGCACAUGGGAUUGAUGGUGAUGGUGGUGAUGCACAUGGGAUUGAUGGUGAUGAUGUUGAUGCACAUGGCAUUGAUGGGGGUGUUGAUGGUGAUACUACUGGUGGCGAUGCCAGUGCUGGUGCUGGCGCGGAUGGCAGCAACUACGAUGGUGAAAUAGACGAUCACGAUGGGAAUGAUGGUGCAGCCGAUAGUGGCGAUUGCAGCAGCGACGGCGCUAGUGGUGCUGGCGGUGCUGAUGGUGAUGUUGCUGGCGCGGAUGGCAGCAACUACGAUGAGGAUAGUGGCGGUUGCAGCAGCGACGGCGCUAGCAUGUCGGCAUCGAGCCAAGUCACUAUGCACCAUGCCCUUUCUGCCGCUCCUUCUGUUGCUGAUCCUGCUGUUGUUCUGCAAGGCGCCAGCACCGGGGCAUGGAGUCAAGUCACCCUGCGCCAUGCUGUUUCUGCCGCUUCUGCUGCUGCUGCUCCUCGAGGCGCCAGCACCGGGGCAUCGACUCAAGUCACCCUGCGCCAUGCUGUUGCUACCACGCAUGGUUGCGGUGCUGGCAGUGUUGGUUGCCGGGAGGGAAGGAGGACAGCCAUACAGUGGCCAUGCUUGGACAUACCACCAAUUCCCAUCACGCAUAAGAAAGCUUGCCAACCUGCUGCAGUAUGCGCCACACCAGCCAAAAACGGGCCUUCAGAGAGGGGGUUUCUCCCCUGCCUGCCCAAUAAGGCGCCUCACAAGGCAUCCUCACAGAGGGAAGCUCUACCCCUCAUGCCUGCUCUUGUGCCAUGGCCGUUUCUGCAAGAGUCUGCUUUUGAGUCGACUCAAAAGCCGUUUCUGCAAGAGGAGGCUGGAAAAGGGAAAGAGCGUGAGCAAGAGGAGACUGAGGAGAGGAAAGAGCAUGCGCACGCUUCUAUAGAGUCGACUCACACGGAGCACGGGCGGGAAGGCAUGGGAACGCUGCAAGAGGACGAUGAGCACGAGGGUGAAGGCCUGAGUAUACUGUCACGGGCACCACUGGCUCAAGCACAGGCCGCAGAGUCACUUGCCAAACCAACCACCGAGCCUGAAGCUGAGGACCGACAGCAGCCACAGGCUCCACCCGAACCACCAACCGAACGUGGUCCCGAACCUGGAGCUGAGUCCUUGGCCGAAGAUUCUCCAAGCACUGACCCUGAAGCUAUGCCGGGCCUGUUUCCGAACCUACCUGAGGACGUUGGGUUGGACAUUCUCUCCCGGUUGCCAUGGCUGAACCUAUCCUCGGGCCGCUCUGUUUGCCGAGCCUGGGAGCAAGGUUUGGCGGGGGAGGAGGUGCGGGAGUUGAGGAGGAGGAGCAAGAGGAUGGACGAAUGGGUGUUCUUGAUCGUGCCUUGGAAUGGGGGUGAGGGGGGUGGUACUGGGGGGGGUAGUGCUGGUGAGGGGAGUAGUGUGGAUGAGGGGGUUUGUGUGGGUGAGGGGAGGGUGGAAGGGAGGGGGAGGGGCGUGGAGGGAAGGGGGCGGGGUGUAGAAGGGAGGGGACUGAGUGGGUUUAGCAGAGGGAGGAGUGAGGAGGGAAGGGGAAGGAGCAGGUAUGGCAGCAGUGGGCGGAUCAGUGAAGGCUCAACUGGCAACACUAGCAGUCUAACGAGCAGAAGCAGCAGCAGCAUCAUCAGAAGCAGGGGGGGCAGUAGCAGCGGUGGGCAGAUCAGUGAAGGCUUGAAUAUGCGCACUAGCAGUCAAAUCAGCAGAAGCAGCAGCAUCAGAAACAGGGAGACCAGCAGCAGCAGCAAUGGCAGGAGCAGCAGAGCGAAGGAGGAAUGCAGAGACGGGAGGACUAGUGGAGGAGAGGGUGGGUGCAGGAACGAAGGGGUUAGCAGAGGCACGAGCAGCGGCAGUAGCAGUAGCAGCAGAGGGAAAUUUCGGGAUUGGAAUGAAGGGGGAAGAGAGUGGGAGGGUAUCAGAGGCAGUAGCAGCAGCAGAGGGGAAGGCAGAGAAGAGAGAGCAGGGAGUGGUAAAACAGCUGCAUUCAGCAGCGGAAGGGCCAGUGGCUUGCCUAGAGGGGGCGGAUGGGGGUGGGGAAGGGAGGACAAACGUGGGAAAGAGAAGGUUGGGAGAGCAGCGGAGAGGGGAGGAGGUGGGGAGGGUAGCGGAGGGGGGGAGGGGAGAGGAGAGGAGGGGAGAGGAGAGGAGGGGAGAGAUCACCGAGCAGAUAAUGGGAAGAAGGUGGAGGUGGUAGGGGGCGUGGGAGAUAAGUACAGGAAUAGGAGCCACAGUUGGAGCAGCAGCAUGGGCUCACUCUCUACGAGAAGCCUUCAGUUCUCUCACAAUACCCGCUUCUCCCUACCCACCCUCUCCAUCUCGAACCUUGGAGUACCAUCCUCCUCCUCAUCCUCCUCUUCAUCCUCCUCUUUUUCCUCCUCCUCCUCAUCCUCCUCGUCUAGAAACACCACCGCCGUCCCACGUGCCUCGUCUAUUGCUUUCUCACUGCCAUCAUCGCCAGCAGCAGCAGCAGAUGCAGCACCGACAGCAGCAGCAGCAGCAACAGCAGCAGCAUCAACAGCAGUGGAGCAUGGUGCCUCCUCUUCCCUGGUCAAAGAGCCAAGCUCAAACCACAGGAAGCCACCCCUCUCUACCCACUCAAGCCGCAGGAGUAGGAGUGGUGGGAGUGGCGGGGGUGGGCCCACACCAGCAAUAAGCGGGCAGACUGGCAUUAAGGGCAGCAGCAGCACUAGGAGUGAGGGAAGCACAAGGAGUGGUCACAACUCAGGGUCACUCGGAACGCAGUUCAAUCCAAUUCAGCGUGCCACUCCCUCGCCUUCUCCCUCCAACCACCACACCGACCCUUCAUCCCGACCCUAUCCCUCAUCCUCUUCUGCCUCCUCGUCGCCAUCCUCUUCCUCGUCGCCCUCCCCUUCCUCGUCGCCCUCCUCUUCCUCCCCGUCCCUUCCCCCUUCUUGCCUUCGCCUCGUGGGCUUCCACCCUCCUUCCAACUCCCUCUACCCUCUCUCCCCACUCCCUCCCCACCUCGCCAAUCCUACCCCCACGAGCACCCUAUGGGACUGCCGCCUCCAAGCCUUAGGCUCGGAACUCCUCCUCUUUGCUGUCCGAGGCUCGGCAAAGGCUCGGCACCGGGCCUGGACCCGAGGCUCGGAUGUCGCCCCGGACCGAACGUCUAUGAGUGCAGCAGCAGCUGCUGCUGUUGCUUCGAUUGAUGGUGUUAAUGCUGCUGCUGCUGCUGCUGGUAAUGCCGAGGCUGCAGCAGCUGCUCCCGACCCUGAGCUCGCCGAACGUGAGGUGCAGGUCUGGAGGUACAGCCCGGUCCGGGACGCCUGGGUGCGCGCCGCACCUAUGAACAAGGGUCGGGUGGGGUUCGCGUUCGGAGUGAUCAAAGGCAAGGUGAUUGUAGCGGGAGGAAGACUGUGGGAGAGAGGGAGGGCAUGCGAGCCUAUAUACUGUGCUGAGAUGUACGACCCGAAAACGGAUGUAUGGGAGUGUGUACCAGGGAUGCCUGCGGCGUGCUAUGAGUGCAGUGGGGUGGUGCUGGGAGGCCGGCUGUUUCUUCUGGGGAGAAACCAGUUAAGGGUUGCGGUGGCUGAUGCUGCUGCUGAUGCGCCACCAAACGCUGCCAAUUUUGUGGCAGCUGCUUUUGCUGAUCCAAACACCUCUCUUGCUGCUGCCGCCGCCGCCGCUGCAACCGCUGCUCCUGCUCCUGCUCCUGCUGCUCCUCCUCCCCCUCCUCCUCCUCUUGCUGCUCCUGGUGUAUGGACCCCAAACAAUACCAUCACAAACAGAAACACCAUCCACAACUUCCCCACCACCACCACCACCACCACCACCACCACCACCACCCCCGCUUCCCACUCUCCCUACCUAGUAUGCAUGUACGACCCCUCUGCUCGGACAUGGGUGACCCUCCCCCCUGGCAAGGGCCUGCACCCCGAGACGUGGUUGUUGGAGCAUGCUGCAGCGCUGUGGGGCGUGGGGUGCGUGCCGCGCUUCCUUGUAUGGAGAAGGGACGGGUGCCUGCACGUGUACGACGCGAUUACCAGAGCAAGAAAGGUGUUACAGGUACCUCCAACCUUCGCCACUCACCCCACGCAUAACCACGCUGGCUUGAGAACCUUACACCAGCAACAGCACCAGCGGCAACACCAUCAGCAGCAGCAUCAGGGGCAGCAGCAGCAGCAGCAGCAGCAGCAACAGCAGCAGCAACGUUUGCAGCUGCAGCAUCCUCGCAUCCCUCCCCCUCCUCCUCUCUUCGCCCCUCCUCCUCCUCUCCUCCCCCUCCACCCUCUCCUCCCCCGCAUUCACUUCGAGCACGCCAUUCUCAAGAACCGGAUCUUCCUCUUUGGAGGCUAUCUCCAGAGCUCCGACGGUACCCUCAUCCCAGCUUCGGAUGCCCUAGCCUGCGACCUUGCAGGCUCGAGUGGAGGUUCGGGUGGAGAUUCGGCAGGAAGUUCGGGUGGAGGCUCGGUGGGAGGUUCGGUUGGAGGUCUGGCGGGAGGCUCGGCAGGGGGGGUGGCUGGAGGUUCAGGAAGGCUUGGGAUGAUGGCAGCAGGGGGCCCUACCUGGACAUCCGUGCCUCUGGUUUGGAAGGGAGGGGCUGUAAAGGCGAGAGGAGGGGGGAGGGUUGGUGGGAAGAGUGAGGUGGAGAAGAGGGAGGAGGAAGAGAAGGCACGGGAGGAGAAGGAUGAGAUAGGAGAGGAUGGCGAGUGGGAGGUGGAGGAAGGAGAAGAGGAGGGAGAAGAGGAGGGAGAAGAGGAGGGAGAAGAGGAGGGAGAAGAGGAAUCAUGGGGUGAUGGUGAGAAUACAGGGGAUUCUGACAAUCAGCAUGAUUUUUCACAUGGUGCUGACGUGGAUGACGAUGGGAAUGAUGUGAAUGCUGACAAUGAUGUUGACGGUGCUGAGGUUGAUGAUGACACGGAUGAUGGUGACAUGAUGCAGGAAGUGAUUCUGGGAAGGGUCAAGACGGCGGCAGUUUUGUCCUUGUAGACAUGGAUGCUGCUCUGGUCUGCGGCAGUGGUAGUCCUUCUGUGUACCACCUUGUUCGUUUUUCUGCUGCUGUUUGUGACUCAGCAGCAAUCUGCUGUCAACAUAUAAUUUGUAUAUGUUAUAGGCUCAUAUAGAGUGCAACCCCUUAGGAUAUAUCACCUUGUACCACCUCAUUCUAACC